CGCAUUAUGAGUUUGCUUGUUGCGCAUAGUCGUACAAAGAUAAAAAUUGAUUUUUUUUUUUUUUUUCUAUAAAUCGCGUGACUCGAUAGUGACCUGUCGAUUAUGAAGAAGUUUACGCUGAUUUUUGUCUCGUGCUAUCUCGUUUUUUCAUCGAUGCAUCGAGUUAUGAGUCUAAAAUGCCGCACCGGUAACCAGCAGAGCGACGACCAGUUUCAAAAAAUCAUGCAGAUCUGCCGGCGUCGCUUCCUGGGUUACGAUCGUGAGAACAGUCGAGACUUCAACGCUCGUGACACCGACUCCCAGGAGUCGUCAGAUUCGGACUCCGACGAGGACAUGUUCGACAACAAAUUCUUGACGUCUGCCGGAAGCCGUUACAACAACGGCAAAAACGGAGACAAGAUGGGCAGCGGUAGCAGCAGUCGUUAUGAUUACUCGAGGAACAAUUCGACUCGUCAGUCAUCCUCCGGUCGUAACUCCAGCAACAGGUCCUCCAAUGGUAACAGAUCGUAUUACGAUAACGGACAGAUCAAUUCCAACAGAAGAAGCAUGAGGAACAGCGGAAUGAACUCUCGAGGCGGCUACGGAGACAAUAAUUAUUCGAAUACUAGAUAUAACAGCAACAAUAAUAAUAAUAACAAUAAUAAUAACAUGAACCGGAACAAUAUGAACGGUAACAACGACGGCAAUUACAAUAACGAUGGCAACAACGAACGAGAGCAAGCUUGCGUCACCCAGUGCUUUUUCAAUGAACUCAAUCUGGUUGAUCAAAGAGGCUUUCCGGAAAGAUCGGCCGUAAUUGGCAUAAUGACUCAGAACAUACAAGAUCCAGAACUGCGAGAUUUCGUGGAGGAAUCUGUGAUCGAGUGUUAUCACUACAUUAACAACAAUAACAGCGGCCGUCAAGAGAAAUGUCAGUUUUCGCAAAGUUUGCUGUCCUGUCUGGCAGAGAAAGGCAGCGAGAGAUGCGAGGACUGGGAUGACGAGUAGAGCCAUUAGCAAAUUUGAAUAAAAGCGAUUGUAAUACCUGCGCAAAAAGACGAUAUGAGCGUUAUUUAUCUUUCAAGCGUUUUAUAAUUUAUAGGUAUAUAUUUGUUGAUAAGAUUUAUGUACAGAAUAACAAAUUCUAUGUAAGAAUUAAAAAUACAAGAGUUUUCAGCGUUAUUUUACAAUUUUUAUACAAAGGCACUACCUACCUUAUUGAAGUGCGCAUGUUUAACAAUUACAAAGUAGCGUAUUUUAAAAUAGUCGUCAAAGAACCGAUAUAAAUUAAUACUUUUAGUUAUAUAUACGAAAGCACGUCGUAAGAAAAUCACUUUCGCUUUUUCAAAUUCUCGAAGCGUUUCAUCAAGUCUUCGAAGUCAAUGUCGUCGUUUUCCCCCCCACUUGCGUUUGGUGGAGCGUCCGUAUCGGAAGGAACAGCAGGUAAAUCCGGCAGAUUAAAAUCGUUCAUUGGCAUUUUCGAACGCGGUUGAGGCUUUGGUUUUUGAUCAGACUAUAAAUUAUUGAGAAAUUGUCAGUAUCAUAUUGUAUAUUGAGAAAUUUUAUGUUUUUAUAUAUUCACCUGCUUAUUCAAGUCUGGAGGGAAUGAUCCGUAAGGUGGCGGCAAAUCCUCAUCCUACAAAGAGACAUGUAAUUCACACGUGAUUCAAAUAUUAGACAAUCCUUAAGCUUUUACGUACAGGUUUAUUAGUGUUGGCCUUAUCAAGAGGAAUGUUGUAAGAAAACGCAGCAGGAUUGAAAUGAUUAUUUUCAUCCUUCUCAAUUGAAGAAGUACUAGGAGCUGUGAAACCCAUUGGUAAUGGAGGACCUCCAGCAGCAUUAUUCAUGGCCAAUGGAAGUGGUGGCUGUGGGUAUCCGAUAAAUCCAGCUGGCUGUGGCAUACCACCACUAGCUUGAUCCAAAUUGUUAGGUGCCUGACCUCCACUUCCUAUGUCUAUCAAUAGAGCAUCUUGACCCUCUGCCAUGAUUUGAGGAUCGGGUUCAUACUCGACGUUGUAAAUUUUUGCAAUUUCGAUGAGAUAUUUUUCCACUAACAACUUGGAGGGAGACUGAACGCCCAAUUUGUGCUUGAGCUUUUCUGAUAUGGUUUGCAAUGCCUCUUCUCUACAGGCAUCCGUAUAUUGUCUGCCAUACUUCGCAGUUAAAAUAUCCGAGAUUACUUUCAUCUCUUGAACAUCAGUCUGUAUACGUGGGGCUGCCCAAAUAAUUGUAGAUAUUGCUUCAGAUAACCCAUCGUCAAGUGUUCUGCAGUAUUACCAAGUAAACAUUGUGUCAGACAAAGAAGAAAUUGAUGAUGUAAACAAAUAAAAGAUUUCACCGUGAAGCUUUUACUUACUUCAUCUGUUGAAUGAGUCCAAAGCGCGCAAGCAAAAGAUCACAAUACAUUUCCAAAAGUUCCAUUGCUUCGACCAUGUAAUCUUCUCUGAUAAUAUGCUCCACCCUGAUUCUGGCCCUUUCCACUUUGCCAGCAGCAAUGUAAUCGGCGAUUUCUUUUCUCGCUUUUUGUGCUAAUUCAGUCUUCUUCUUUUCCAAAAGCUUCAAUCGGUUUAUAGCUAACCUUAGAUGUGUUUUUAACUUUGUAUAAUUUGGCCCACUCGAAAACAUUUUGAUGAUAAUAAUACGUCGUGUAAAUCAGUCGCGAUUCGUGCUAUGACACUGAAAAACUUCGUCGUGUACAGCAGCAGCUGAUAUCAUUAAAAAGUACUUGUCGUUGUUUUUGCGAGUUUGCUGCCGAAUCAAAAGGAAAUUAAUGACGAAUGAAUGAAUCACAGGUGAAUAACAUAUAGGUAUGUAUGGAAUACC